AUGGCGGGGAAGCCUGUGAAGAAGUCCUCCAUCCCUGGGGUGAGCAUCCGGCAGCUGGUGCAGGAGAUCCCUGAAGGCUGCAGCACGCCGGACUUUGAGCAGAAGCCCAUCACCUUGGCUCUGCCGGAGGGGAAAAAUGCCAUCUUCCGGGCUGUGGUCUGCGGGGAGCCCAGACCCGAGGUGCGUUGGCUGAGCACCAAAGGAGGCCUCAGCAACUCCAGCAAGUACCAGAUCUCCUCGGCCCCAGGCAGCAAGGAGCACGUGCUGCAGAUUAACAAGCUGACGGGCGAGGACACCGAUCUGUACCACUGCACAGCUGUGAACAAGUACGGAGAGGCCACAUGCUCAGCGAGGCUCACUGUCAUUGAGGUUGGCUUUCGGAAGAACCGGAAGAGGCAAAAGGAACCCCAGGAGGACCUCAGGAAGGAAAUCAUGGACUUCAGAAAGAUGCUGAAAAAGAGGUCCCCACCUCCAGCUCCUGAAAACAAGAUGGAGUCUGAUCAGGUGUGGCAGCUGCUGAUGAAUGCAGACCGGAAGGAUUAUGAGAAGAUCUGCUUAAAGUACGGUAUUGUGGACUUCCGGGGAAUGCUGCGCAAGCUGCAGGAGAUGAAGAAGGAGCAGGAGGAUGAGAUGGCAAAGUAUGUCAACGCUGUCUCCAACUUGAGACACAUCAGGGUCACCAAGGAAGGAGUCGCCACGUUUGACCUGGAGCUCGAUCUCAAGGACCUUGAGAGCAAGAUUCACUUGUAUAAGGAUGGUGAGAUGGUCCCCUAUGGCUUCAAUAACCAGAACAAGCACUGCCUUCGGCGGCUGGGGAAACGGUACCACUUCCAGGUCCAGGACCUACGCCCAGAGGAUGCUGGCCUUUACCAGGUCAAGGUGGAGGACACUGUGGUCUUCUCCACAGAACUGGAGGCUGGUGCCAUCCCCCCCAGAGUUGUGGUUCCGCUGGCCGAGGCCCACUGUGAGGAGCAGGGAGAUGCAAUAUUUGAAUGUACUCUUUCCAAACCCUGCCCCAAUGCUACUUGGUAUUUCCAGCACCGGCCACUCAGGCUCAGUGACAAAUAUGAAGCAAUUGUGUCACCUGAUGGGCUAACCCAUCGGCUGCUGGUGAGGGGGGCCCACCUCUCAGACAGGGGCCUCUAUUCGCUGGGCACAGGGCUCCAUGCCUCCAGUGCCUGGCUGGUGGUUGAAGCUGGGAAGGAGAAAGGCCUUCAGACCACAAGUGCUGACUGCCAGCUGCAGACACAAGGAGCUCAGGCCUCAGAUGCAGAAGACUCCGAGGGCAUCAGUGGCAAGGGAGGGGAAUCCAGAGAGGAGGGCCCCAUAGAGGGCUCCCUUGAGAGGACUUCUGGUCUCCAGCUCACUGUGGGCCCAGAUAGUGGUGGCCUUGGCAGGCAUGGUUAUUCCUUGAUGGGGGAUAAGUGGGCAGCUGACUCAGCCUGGGGCCCUGGGCAGGAGAGAGAGGACUUUCUAGAAGCAGAAGAGGACAGAGCCAUUCUUCUGGGGGAAAAUCAGCCCCACCCAGGAGACUGGGAUGGGAGCCUCCUAGGGAGGUCUUAUCUGCAGGGACAAGGCCCAGAAUCAGGCUUGGGCUUCAUGGAAAGACAACAGCAAGGCAGAGGCAGAGAAGGCCAUGGGGACAGAAGCUGGGGGACAGAAGGAAGCUGGGAGGCUGGGUCCAGUCACCCUCAGGCUGGAGGACUGGGGAGCAGCAGGGAAGGAAGGAGUCCCAGAGAAGACAAUGGCAGCCAACUGAACAGACACAGCCAGGAACAACUCUGGGAUGCUCAGCUGGGACCUGGGACAGGGAACAGGGCCCCGUGGGGAUCCCAGUCUGAUCCUGAGAGAUCUUGGCCAAAAGGAGAGGGAACCAGAAGGAUUCUACAAGGCAAUAGCCUAGAUGAGCUGGAGGGAGGAGAUGGCCUGAGCCGGGAAGUGGGGAGGGGAGCAGCAGGGGCAGUGUGGGCUAGAGGGGCUAGCCUUGAGGAAGCUGGAGACAGCAGUGGGGUAGAAGAUCAUGGUAUCCUGCAGUUUCCCAGAGGAAGGGGUUCCAGUUCCAAGGCAGGCACAGGCCCUGAGUCCCGGGCCUCUCAGGGAGGUGGAGAUGCUGAUCAUGGGGAAGCUAGGGCCUACGGGAGGCCAGGGGAGUAUUCAGGCGAGACGCCUAGAGACAGGCGCCUCCAGGAACCCUCACUAUCCAGAGGUGGGAAGUUUCUCCCAGGGGACAGGAGUCUUGAGACCAAAGCUGAGGACUCACUGCAGGAGGCCGAUGACCUAGGGCCCAGAAAGAUAGCAGUUAGGGGAAGGGGCUGUAACACUGAUCCUGGGGGGCCAGGAGGUCCCAGGGACUGGGCAGGUGGCCUGCAAGAACUCCAGGGAGGGGAUGGCCCGUUCACAGCUGGGGCCUUGGGUAAGACAGAGGAUGUAUCCAGAAGUCCCCAGUGUCCCCAGGGCUGGACAGCGGGGCAGAAGGGAGCAGGGGGUCCAGGAAGCAUAGAGCCGGAGAGCCCAGGUUCUCAGGAUGACUCAGGGUCCCACCUCAGAAGGACUGGGGCCUGCCUUGGGCCUGGAAUUCUGGGGCCCAGCGGGGAGGAGGGGGGCAGUGCAAAGGCAGCCGGGUUAGUGCAGCCCGGUCAGGCGGGAGAUGUCAGAAGUCCCAGGCUGGUUGGGGCUCCAGGCACGGGUGCUCAGGGGCCUGCAAGGGCACGAGGAGAUCCAGAAGGAUUAAGAGAGCCAGGGGCAGUAGGGCCCAGACCAGAUUCCUGGAAUGGGGCAGGAAGCGUCAGAGAAGGACCCAGAGGACAGAUGGACUACGAGGAUGGCCUAGAAGGCCUGGGACGAGUGGACUCUAGGUAUGGGGAUGGCUCGGAGUAUUCUAGGGGAACAGGUUCUGGAAAUGGAGUUGCUUAUAGUGAUGGCACAGGGCUGCCAGGAGAAAUGAGGUCUGGUCAUGAUGCUGGGCGUAGAUUUGCCUCUGGGGCACAUGUUGGAAGAGAGUCGGAGGAAGGGGAUGCUUACAGGGAUGGAUCAAAGGUGCCCGGGGGAAUGUGGUCUGGAAACAAAGAUCACUGUGCUCCUGCAGGAAGGGGGUCUGGAAGAGCUGCCAGACUCAGCAGUGGCUCAGGGGCCCCCAUUGAGAUGCCCAUAGGUGAAGCCUGGAAUCAGGAUCCAUCCAGAGCCCAGGAACAAACAGGCCCUGAAGGAGGGCACCAUUCUGGGACAGUGGGGUCAGUGGGUGGAGGAAGUCUCGAGGUCCCUGGCACAGCAGAGACUACUGGGGAGGGAUGUGUGGAAGCAGAACAAGGGGGUUCUUCAAGAAUGAGGCCUUGGGGUCAGAGUAGAGAUUCUGGGGACUUCAGAGCCUCGGGUGCUCUGGGGACGUUUGGGGAAGGUGGCUGUGAAGAUGCCACAGGGGGGCCAAGAGCCAUGGAGCCAGGGUCUCUGAGGGCAGGAGACAAAGAUGGUGAUGGAGAUAGGACCAGGUUCCUUGGUGCCAGGGCCUCUGGAGCUAGAAUUGGGCAUCAGGGCAAUAACCAGGGUCUGGAAGCGCGAGCUACUCAUGCUGGGGCUGCUUCCCAGAGCCAGGGGGCUGAGGGCUCUGGCAAUGUGCUGGGUUAUGGGGAUGGAGACGAAACUCCAGAGCCUCAAGGAACUGGGGACAGAAGAGCUUAUGGAGGAGGGCCAUGGGAGCUGGGGCCUGGGAAAGCACGGCCAAGGGGGGAGGCAGGCUGCAGAGAUGGCUCAGGAAGCCUCAGAGGAAUGGGACCUGCGGAUGAUACAGGUUAUAGGAAUGGUACAGGGGGCUCUGGGGAAAUGCGGACAGCAGGUGAGGCAGGCUAUAGAAAUGUUUUAGGGGGCCCUGGAACGAUUCCAUUAGGGAGUGAGGCAGCUCUUAGGGAUGGUUUUGGGGGAGUGGGGGAAAGGGGGUCAGGAAAUGAGGUUGGUUGUAGGGGAAGCUCAGGAGGGUCUGGGGAAAUAGUUCCAGAGGGCGAGAUGUACUACGGAGGUGGUUCUGGGAGGCUUGGAGUAUCAGGAUCCCUGGCCAGGAUGGGACACGAAGCCGAGGAACAUGGGUCAGGACACUGGGCAGCAUCUGAGGGUGGCACAAGCUCCAAGGGUGGUCCAGAGAGAAGCAGAGGAAAGGGGCUCACCCAUGGGACAGGGCCUGGAGUAGGCUCUGGGAUGGCUGGAAUGCCUCAUAAGGUUGGCGCAGCAAGCAUGGACAGCCCCACAUACCCAGGGAUGCUGGGGACAGAGGGAGGGCCACAGCUGCUUUCAGAUGGAGGGGGUCCCCAAAACAGUCUUGGGGGCUGCAGAACCUCGGGGAUCUCUGAUUCCUUGGGGACUGUUGGUUCCAAGGGAAAAUCAGGUGCCAGAGAAUGGCGAGAUGGUCCUGGGAGGAGGUCCCAAGGGGGAGGAGCUCCCGGUGGGCAGGGUGGGUCUGCAGAGGAAGCAGGGAGGAUGGGAGCUUCCAGGUUUCCUAAUGAUAGGGGGGCAGUGAAGGGUGAGACCCGGACAGGCACUGCUGCUCUGGAGUCUGGACACAAACAGGACUUUUGGAGAAAAGGCUCAGGGACGACAGACGAGGCCAGAUCUGCUGAUCAGGGGGCAGUGGCACCUCAGGGAGGUGGAGACUCACAGGUGGGAGGAAGAGGGAUGGGAGCAGGCUCUGAAAGCUUAUCAGGGGCAGGACGAGGUGUGGACAGCAGCUCUGUGCCUAGGGGAAAGGGUAAGUCAACAUCAGGCCCAGCCAAUGAGCAAGGGGGGAGCCAUGCUUGGGAGCCAGGGUGGGAAGACCAGGGCUGUGGCCAGGGCACCAUGAGUGCUGGGAACCAACUCUCAGGCUCCAGGGCCUCCAGUUCUCCAGAGGAGAAAGGUGCUACUAUCAGGAGAACCCACGAGAGGCCAGGGGGCUCUAGAGGCAGGGGAGUUGUGCCAGGCCAAGAAGCUCCUGGUGAACGUCCAAGUCCAUGGUCCCAGCGGAGUAAUGGAUCAGGUCCCAGGAGGGGAAGGUCUAGCGGUGCAGAGGACUCGGGUGACCCAGGCAGGGGGGAUUCCACUGAGUCAAAGGAUGGCCUCACCCCAAAACCUGGGGAGUCAGGACCCCAGGGAUCCUGGGAUGGCUUAGAUGUUUCCUUUGGCAGAAAAUUCUCUAAAGGUGGAUCAGGAGGGAUCCAGGGCCCUGGCUGUCAGCCAGGGGGUCAGGGGCCAUGUGGGGAGCAGGGGUCCCUAGAGGCCAAGAAUGGCAAGGCCCAAGGUCCUGGGGCCCUAAAAGAGUACAAGGGGCAGGGCACAGAGGAGUUUGGCAGGUCAGGCCUGAGGUCUGGUCCCCUCAGGAGUAAGGGUCAGGCACAGUCGGGGGCUGAGGUUGGACCAGCUAGGAGAAGGGGUGCAAAGGAGGCCAGAGGCAUGGGACACCGGCCUGGCAGGGAAGAUGAAGGGCACCUGGAGGAGACCUGGAGUGAAGACGGGAGCUGGGGGCCCCCCAGGCAUCUUGGCAGCAGGAGAGGUGCCAAAGAGGGCAGGUCGGAUGUCUGUGAUGAGGGGCGGGAUGCCAGCCAGAGCCCCAGAUCCAGAUACCAGGCCGGCACUGGCAGUUUCUCCACGGAGGCCCGAGGACCCAAGAGCCACUUCUCUCAGGGCCUGGCUGACACCGAGGCGCAGCAGGGUGAGGCUGCCACGCUCUCCUGUACCCUCACCAAUGACCUGGGACCCGGUGCCUGGUUUAAGGAUGGAGUUAAGCUCACCACCCAGGAUGGCAUCAUUGUGGAGCAAGACGGGCUUGUGCACAGACUCCGUAUUGCCCACAUGCAGGAGGCCCAGGCUGGGAAGUACACAUUCAUAGCGGGCAACCACCAGAGCGAGGCCACCCUGACCGUCCAGGAUCCCCCCACCAUAUCUCCAGAUGUGACAGAGAAACUGAGAGAGCCACUGGUGGUCAAGGCUGGACAGCCAGUGACCAUGAAGAUCCCCUUCCAGAGUCGCCUCCCUGCUCAGGCUACCUGGAGGAAGGACGGAGCUGAGGUGGUGGGCAGCAGCCACGGGGGGCCCCAGGUGGCCCUGGGAGAUGGCUACACACAGCUGUGCCUCCCCAGCACCACCAGGAAGGACAGUGGCCAGUACAGCGUGACACUGAGGAGUGAGGGAGGCUCUGUGGAGGUGGAUGUCACCCUGCAAGUCAUAGACAAGCCUCAGCCCCCACAGGGCCCCCUGGAGGUGCAGGACUGCCGCAGGGCUGGUGUCUGCCUCUGCUGGCGACCCCCAAGGGAAGACGGGGGCCAGGCCAUGGAGCGCUACAUGGUGGAGAGGCGACAGGCUGGCAGGAGCACUUGGUUGAAGGUGGGCAAGUCCCCCCCCAGCCGCACUACCUUCACAGAUGUUGAUGUGGAGCAGGGCAGGAAGUACACCUACCGUGUGCGGGCUGUGACCUCGGAGGGGCCCGGGGAGGCUCUGGAGUCUGAGGAGGUGCUGGUGGCUCCUGAGGACCUCCCAGGGCCCCCUUCUGCCCCAGCCAUUUUGUCAGCUUCUAGCCAGGGCAUCACUAUAACAUGGACAGCACCUCAGGGCCGUGGCAGUGCCCACAUCCUGGGUUACCUGGUGGAGAAGAGCAAGAUGGGGAGCAACUCCUGGGUAGCUGUGAACGACCAGCUGGUGUCUGAGAGGAGAUGCACUGUGGCUGACGUGCAGCAGGGCUGUCAAUAUCAGUUCCGGGUCACAGCCGUGGCUCCCUCAGGGCCUGGAGAGCCUGGGCCUCCAUCAGAUGCUGUCUUUGCCCGGGGCCCCAUGAGACCCCCAGGGCCAGUGCGGGAUCUCCAGGUCACAGAAACGUCGAACACCAGCAUCACCCUAAGCUGGAUGGGGCCGGAUCCUGGGGAUGGAGACCGUGCCCAGGGGUACCUGGUGGAGCUGUGUGGCCCGGACAGUCUCCAGUGGACCCGGUGCCAUGGAGGCACUGUGUCAGGCACCACCUUCACCGCCAAGGGCCUUCGACCCCAAGAGGGCUAUUUCGUGCGGGUGACAUCAGUUAACGACAGGGGCUGCAGCCAGCCCACUGCCCUGGACACUUUGGUGCGUGCCAUGCCUCUUACUGUCUGUCCUAAGUUCCUCAUGGACUCCAGCACAAAGGACUCGCUGACAGUCAGAGCGGGGGACACCCUGCGCGUGCCAGUCUCCUUUGAAGCUGCCCCCAUGCCCGAGGUGACCUGGCUGAAGGAUGGCCUGCCCUUGCCCAAAAGAAGUGUGGCCACCACCCAGGAUGGCUUCACCCAGCUUCUGAUUCCCGUGGCCAGCCUCUCGGACAGCGGCCGCUACGCCGUGGUGCUGAGGGACUUUCAGGGCAAGGAGUGCACCUACAGUUUCCUCGUCAGGGUGGCAGCAUGGCCGCAGGCCCCUGGGCCCAUCCACCUGGAGGAAAAUGUGCCUGGGACGGUGACAGUGCAGUGGGAGCCUUCUCCAGACGAGGCCCAGGGUGUCCCCCUGCACUACACUGUGCUGACGCGUUCCUCGUCACACGGCUCCUGGCAGGAGGUGGCUGACUGCAUCCACACCAACCGCUUCACUCUGCUGGGCGUCCUCCCUGGCCACGAGUACUACUUCCGGGUGGUGGCCAAGAGUGAGCUGGGUGCCAGCACACCCUCAGACACCACUGAACCCUGGUGCCUCCCUCGGCAGCAGCGAGACAGGUUCACAGUGAAGACGCCGUGCUACCGGGACCCCAAUCUGAGCCAGAAGCCCCGGUUCCUAGUGGGCCUUCGGUCACACCUGCUGCCUCGGGGCUGUGAGUGCCGCAUGACCUGCGCUGUGCAGGGUUCUCCCCGGCCCCACGUCACCUGGUUCAAGAACAACCAGAGCCUGGAAGGACACGAGACUGCGUACAGCACUGACAUGCUGGGCGUGUGCUCCCUGGUCAUCCCCAGCGUCUCCCCUGAGGACGGGGGCCAGUACAAGGUGGUGGCCGAGAACCUGCUGGGCCAGGCAGUCAGCACUGCCACCCUCAUUGUCAUAGAACCCAGCUCCUAGGCCCGCCUUACCCGGGAUGGCCCUCCCUGGACCCAUGGCCUCGGAAUGGAUGACAGAUCACUGAAGCUUCACUCCUGACACAGAUCCCAGCUCAGAGAGCCAGCCCCAGAGGAUGCAGGCUGUGCUCAGAGGCUCAGGAAGACAGCAGUGAGGGGCCCUCUGGGGAGGCUUGGCCUGGAGGACAUGGAAUCCUUGGGGGAAAAAAAGCAUGGGCAAAGUAGCCCCAAGCUAAAUCACUGCACAGGAUGGCCGCACACUCCAGGCCCUGGCCACGUGGAUUUCUUCUGCAUUUUGGGAGCUCUGGACAGAACUAUCUGCAGGAGCGGGGCAGGCCCUCGUUUGCUGGGUCCCUUGGAGGGAGGACAAGAACAGCCGAGCCUGCUGUGACCACAGAGAGGGAAAGUGAAGAACGUCAGAAGACCUGGCAUCGUGGGCAUUGAGGAUGUGUGUGAGCGGGCUGUGCUCUGUAUUUGCCUUCAUUAAAGCAUCAGACUAAGAAAGGCC